AUGGGUCCGGACGGUAAUUACUGUCCGAUUGUCGACACUGUUAACGCAGAUGGUGUUGUUGUUAAUAAUAGUAGCGGUAAUAAUAAAUGUGUCCAACGAUUGACUACUACUACUACUACUACCAAUACUACUAAAACUAAUGGAUAUCAUUGGAAAUGCCAGCAAAAGGAUAGGCCGGCUAUCGAUUCCGUGUCUCUAAUAAAAAUUAGUCAACAACAACAACAACACGAACAGUCAGAUGAUGGUAGUGGUGGUGGUGUUGUUGUAGACAACAAUCUAUCAAAUGGUGGUAUUAUUAGUAGUCAUCAACAUCAUAAUCAUCUACAUAAGCCACCGCGACAGCCACCGGUGCCCAACGGAAAGGAAGAGCCGCCCAUUCAUAUACAACUACUCUGUUGUCUAAGUUAUUUAAUACUUAUAUUGUUUGGCUAUUUAAGAGAUUUUUUGCGAAACAUUGGCAUCGAAAAGACAAGAUCGGCCAAAGAGGCGAACCGGGAGAAUUACGUUCCGUUAUAUCAGAGUUUUGAAAGUUUUUUUACCCGCAAUAUCUAUCGGCGGGUAUGCGAUGGCUGCAAUCGGCCCAUUACUUGCGUGCCCGGAGCCUACAUCGAUGUCAUGGACCGUAAAACCGAUGAUUUUAAUUGGACAUUUGAAUUUCCCGGUACAACCACACGCGCUAUAAAUAUGGGUUCAUAUAAUUAUUUGGGUUUUGCCGAAAAUAGCGGUCCAAAUGUCGAUAGAGUCGAAACAGUUAUCGAUAGAUACGGUGUUGGGAUGGGCUCUACCCGACAUGAAAUCGGCACUACCGCUAUUCAUAGGGAACUGGAGUCACUAUUGGCCCGUUUUUUAGGUGUCGAAUCUAGUAUUGUGUUCGGUAUGGGCUUUGCCACCAAUUCGACUAAUAUACCGACACUGGCGGGAAAGGGAGCCCUAAUAUUGAGCGAUGAAUACAAUCACGCGUCCAUUAUAUUGGGCUCAAAGAAAUCGGGAUCCACUAUAUCACUGUUCAAACAUAAUGAUAUGAAAGAUUUGGAGGAAAAAUUGCGUAAACAUAUAGUCGAUGGCCAGUACAAAACGCACCGACCCUGGAAAAAGAUAAUCAUAAUUGUCGAGGGCAUCUACAGUAUGGAGGGUACCAUAAUCAACUUACCCGAAAUUAUCAAAUUGAAACGCAAAUACAAGUGCUACGUCUAUCUGGAUGAAGCCCAUAGUAUCGGUGCCAUUGGCCAGAGGGGCGGCGGUGUGGCCGACUAUUUUGGUUGCGAUCCGAAAGACAUCGACCUAUUGAUGGGAACGUUUACCAAAAGUUUUGGUGCCGCCGGCGGCUAUAUUGCUGGCAGAAAAUCCAUUAUCGACUAUAUUGCUGUCCGAUCGCAAGGGGCAACCUAUGGAUCGUCGAUAGCUCCCUGUAUUGUCCAGCAAAUUAUUUCGGUAAUCAAUGUUAUUAUGGGCAACGUUGGCACCGAUGAUGGUAAAAACCGAAUCGCAAAACUGUCCCGAAAUGCCCGAUACUUUCGCCAGCGGCUCAAACAAAUGGGUUUUGUUGUCUACGGCAACAAUGAUUCGCCAGUUGUUCCCAUUAUGAUAUGUUUUUGCUCAAAGAUAGCUGCUGUCGUCAGGCAAGCCUUUGUCAACGGUAUCGGUACAGUCGGUGCCGCCUUUCCGGCCACUCCGCUGACCACCGGUCGGGUCAGGUUUUGUGUGUCCGCAUCGCACACUAAAGAAAUGCUGGACAAAGCACUGGACGUAAUGGAUAGUAUUGGCGAUGAAGUGGCCAUCAAGUAUUCAAAACAAAACAGAUCCAAUAGAUCCCAAUCAACAGAUCAACAAUUAAUUGUCUAUUAA